UACCAGCUGUAGGGGUGUGUGUACGUCACACACCACCUCCCACCUCGAGGCUGCAGGGACAGCAUGCUUCCAGCAAGCCCCAAGACAAUAGUGCUCCUGAGCACUCUGCUAACUGGACUCCUGGGUCCAGCAGGUGGCCAGGAUGCACCCUCACUGCCCUGGGAAGUGCAGCGCUAUGAUGGCUGGUUUAACAAUCUCAAGUACCACCGGCGCGGUGCUGCCGGCUCGCGCCUGCAGCGCCUAGUACCUGCGAAUUACGCUGACGGCGUUUAUCAGGCUCUGGAGGAGCCCUUGCUGCCCAACCCUCGGCGGCUAAGCGAUGCUGUCACUCAAGGCAGAGCCGGACUGGCUUCCGUCCACAACCGCACAGUGCUGGGGGUCUUCUUUGGCUACCACGUGCUCUCGGACCUGGUGAGUGUGGAAACGCCAGGCUGCCCUGCAGAGUUCCUCAACAUUUACAUCCCGCGUGGGGACCCCGUCUUCGACCCUGACAAGCGCGGGAACGUGGUGCUGCCCUUUCAGAGGAGCCGCUGGGACCCCAAGACUGGACAGAGCCCCAGCAACCCCCGGGACCUGACCAACCAGGUGACCGGCUGGCUGGAUGGCAGUGCCAUCUAUGGCUCCUCUCACUCUUGGAGCGACACGCUGAGGAGCUUCUCAGGAGGACAGCUGGCGUCAGGGCCUGACCCCGCAUUCCCACGGGAGUCCCAGGACCAACUGCUCAUGUGGAUGGCACCGGACCCCGUCACGGGGCAGGGAGGGCCUCAGGGGAUGUACGCCUUUGGGGCCCAGCGCGGGAACAGGGAGCCCUUCCUGCAGGCGCUGGGACUGCUGUGGUUUCGCUACCACAACCUGUGUGCCAGGAAGUUGGCCCAGGAGCACCCACAUUGGGGGGAUGAGGAGCUGUUCCAGCAUGCGCGCAAGAGGGUCAUUGCCACCUACCAGAACAUUGCUCUAUACCAAUGGUUGCCCAGCUUCCUGCAGAAAACACCCCCAGAGUACUCAGGGUACCGCCCUUUCAUGGACCCCAGCAUCUCCCCAGAGUUCGUGGUGGCCUCUGAACAGUUCUUCUCCACCAUGGUGCCCCCUGGGGUCUACAUGAGAAACUCCAGCUGUCAUUUCCGGAAAUUCCCGAAGGAAGGUUCUGCCAGUGCUCCAGCUCUCAGGGUCUGCAACAGCUACUGGAUUCGAGAGAACCCCAAUCUGAAGAGUGCCCAGGAGGUGGAUCAGCUGCUGCUGGGAAUGGCCUCCCAGAUUUCAGAGCUGGAGGACAGGAUAGUGGUUGAAGACCUGAGAGAUUACUGGCCUGGCCCAGACAGAUUCUCUCGCACAGACUAUGUGGCUAGCAGUAUUCAACGAGGCCGAGAUAUGGGGCUGCCCAGCUAUAGCCAGGCUCUGCUGGCCUUGGGACUGGAGCCUCCAAAGAACUGGAGUGCUCUCAACCCCAAAGUAGAACCUCAGGUGCUGGAGGCCACAGCUGCUCUGUACAACCAGGACCUGUCCCAGCUGGAACUACUCCUGGGUGGACUCCUGGAGAGCCACGGGGACCCUGGACCUCUGUUCAGCAACAUCAUUUUUGACCAGUUUGUGAGGCUACGGGAUGGGGACCGUUACUGGUUCGAGAACACUAGGAAUGGGCUGUUCUCCAAGGAGGAGAUUGCAGAAAUCAGAAACACCACCUUGCGGGAUGUGCUUGUAGCUGUCUCCAAUGUGGACCCCAGCGCCUUGCAGCCCAAUGUUUUCUUUUGGCAGGAAGGUGCACCCUGCCCCCAGCCUCAGCAACUCUCGACGGAAGGCUUGCCCGAGUGUGUGCCGCUUACUGUGAUCGAUUACUUUGAGGGCAGUGGUGCGGGUUAUGGCAUCGUCAUUGUGGUUCUCUGCUGCUUUCCCUUAGUGAGUCUCGUUGUCGCUGGGGUGGUGGCUCAUUUCCGGAACCAAGAGCGCAAGAAGCUACAAAAGAAAGGCAAAGCGAGUCUGAAGAAGGAGACAGACAGUGAUGGAGUGUCAGUGAUGGAGUGGCCAGGCCCCAAGGAGAGCAGCUAUCCUGUCACCAUCCAGCUGUUCCCAGACAGGUGUCUGCAGGUCCUUGACAAACGUCUCACGGUGCUCCGCACCAUCCAGCUGCGGCCCCCACAGCAGGUCAACCUCAUCCUGUCCAACAACCGAGGACGCCGCACCCUGCUGCUCAAGAUCCCCAAGGAGUAUGACCUGGUGCUGCUGUUUAACUCUGAAGAGGAGCGGGGUGCCUUUGUGCAGCAGCUGCAAAACGUCUGUAUCUGCUGGGCUCCGGAUCUCCGCAUAGCUGAGAUGGACGAGAAGGAGCUGUUUAGGAAGGCUGUGACCAAGCAGCAGCGGGCAGGCAUCUUGGAGAUCUUCUUCAGACACCUUUUUGCUCAGGUGCUGGACAUCAACCAGGCAGAUGCAGGGACUCUGCCCCUGGACUCAUCCCAGCAAGUCCGUGAGGCCCUGACCUGUGAGCUGAGCAGGGCCGAGUUUGCGGAGUCCCUGGGCCUCAAGCCCCAGGACAUGUUUGUGGAGUCCAUGUUUUCUCUGGCCGACAAGGAUGGCAAUGGCUACCUAUCCUUCCGGGAGUUCCUGGACAUCCUUGUGGUCUUCAUGAAAGGUUCCCCAGAGGAUAAGUCCCACCUGAUGUUUACCAUGUAUGACCUGGAUGCAAAUGGCUUCCUCUCCAAGGAUGAAUUCUUCACCAUGAUGCGGUCCUUCAUCGAGAUCUCCAACAACUGCCUGUCCAAGGACCAGCUGGCUGAGGUGGUGGAGUCCAUGUUCCGAGAGUCCGGCUUCCAGGACAAGGAGGAGCUGACCUGGGAGGACUUCCACUUCAUGCUGCGGGACCACGACAGUGAUCUCCGCUUCACAAAGCUCUGUGUCAAAGGUGGAGCUGGAGGCGUUGGGGACAUCUUCAAACAAAGCAGUGGCUGUAGAGUCUCGUUCAUCACCCGGACUCCUGGGAACCGCUCCUGCCCCCGGGAACAGGUGCUCCCUGACUUAGAAACCCCAGAGCUGGGAAACACUGGCCUAAAGAAGAGGAUGGGCAAAAAGGCAGUGGGGCCCUCUCCCCGGCUGUACACGGAGGCCCUGCAGGAGAAGAUGCAGCGAGGCUUCCUGGCCCAGAAGCUACAGCAGUUCAAGCGCUUCAUAGAGAACUACCGGCGCCACAUCAUGUGCGCCACAAUCUUCUCAGCCAUCUGCGUGGGUCUGUUUGCAGACCGUGCCUACUACUAUGGCUUUGCCUCACCACCCACGGACAUUGAAGAGACCACCUAUGUGGGCAUUAUCCUGUCCCGGGGCACGGCGGCCAGCAUCUCCUUCAUGUUUUCCUACAUCCUGCUCACCAUGUGCCGCAACCUCAUCACCUUCCUGCGGGAGACCUUCCUCAACCGCUACAUUCCCUUCGAUGCCGCUGUGGACUUCCACCGCUGGAUUGCUAUGGCUGCAGUUGUCCUGGCUGUUCUGCACAGUGUUGGCCAUGUGGUCAAUGUGUACAUCUUCUCAAUCAGUCCCCUCAGCCUGAUGACCUGCGUCUUCCCUAACGUCUUCGUGAAUGAUGGGUCCAAGCUUCCACGGAAGUACUACUGGUGGUUCUUUGAGACAGUUCCAGGCAUGUCAGGAGUCCUGCUGCUCCUGGUCCUGGCCAUCAUGUACGUCUUCGCCUCCCACCACUUCCGCCGCCACAGUUUCCGGGGUUUCUGGCUGACCCACCACCUCUAUGUUGUGCUCUAUGCCCUGCUUAUCAUCCACGGCAGCUAUGCCCUCAUCCAACUGCCCAGUUUCCACAUCUACUUCCUGGUCCCGGCAAUUAUCUACGGAGGGGACAAGCUGGUGAGCCUGAGCCGGAAGAAGGUGGAGAUCAGCGUGGUGAAGGCUGAGCUGCUGCCUUCAGGAGUGACCCACCUGCAGUUCCAGCGACCCCAGGCGUUUGAGUACAAAUCAGGGCAGUGGGUGCGGAUCGCCUGCCUGGGUCUGGGGACCAAUGAGUACCACCCCUUCACGCUGACCUCUGCGCCCCAUGAAGACACACUCAGCCUGCACAUCCGGGCUGUGGGGCCCUGGACUACUCGCCUCAGGGAGAUCUACUCACCCCCAGUGGCCAAAUACCCAAAGCUGUACCUCGAUGGACCCUUUGGAGAGGGCCACCAGGAGUGGCAUAAGUUUGAGGUGUCAGUGCUGGUAGGAGGGGGCAUUGGGGUCACCCCCUUUGCCUCCAUCCUCAAAGACCUGGUCUUCAAAUCAUCCUUGGGCAGCCACAUGCUCUGUAAGAAGAUCUACUUCAUUUGGGUGACAAGGACUCAGCGGCAGUUUGAGUGGCUGGCUGACAUCAUCCGGGAGGUGGAGGAGAAUGACCACCAGGACCUGGUAUCCGUGCACAUCUACAUCACCCAGCUGGCUGAGAAGUUUGACCUCAGGACCACCAUGCUGUACAUCUGUGAGCGGCACUUCCAGAAGGUGCUGAACCGGAGUUUGUUCACCGGCCUGCGCUCUGUCACCCACUUUGGCCGGCCUCCCUUUGAGCCUUUCUUCAACUCUCUGCAGGAAGUCCACCCCCAGGUUCGCAAGAUUGGAGUCUUCAGCUGUGGUCCUCCAGGGAUGACCAAGAAUGUGGAGAAGUCUUGCCAGCUUAUCAACAGGCAGGACCGGGCCCACUUUGUGCAUCAUUAUGAGAACUUCUGAGCCCGAUCUCCUUGACUCUGCCCAGGCUGUUAGCCUCCCUCUGUGGACUUCAGCACUACAGGCAUUUGAGACCACAGACGUGGAACUGGACACUGUCCCCACCCUGCCUCAUUGUCCCAUCUACCCCAUGUUCUGGGCAGAUAGACAAGGCCUCUCUAAUACGCAGAUCAUGCCAUUAUAGGUUAUGGGAUGUAAAGGGAGGAGAAGACAGUUCCUGUUCCUGACAAUGGUGGAGGGAAGGGUAUACUGUGGGUCACCUCUGAUAGGUUUCUGUUCCUCUGUUUUGCCUUCACAGAAUUGGCAUAUUGGUGUGGGCUUUUCUUGGGGAAUCAUUUGAUACAAGACUGAGAAUCUUCUCGGGGUUCCUCUCAGAGACCAUAAACUGAAAGCCUCACAGCCCACCUGCCUCAACUCAGACUCUAGGCCUUUCCCCGACCAGCUUCAGCCCCACACCUUCCUGCUCUGAGAGGGCCACAAGCCAUAAUGUCACCAGGAAACACACACCCUCCUAGCCCUGAGUUCCUAAUGGCAGCCAGUAGUGUCUGGUGUCCUGACCCUUCAGUGUGCCCUUCUGGGAGUCUGGGGGGCAGUCUCUGGGCUCCAGGAUUAAGAGAGCAACGGUUUCUCCACAACACACCCCAAAACCCUCAGCUCCUGUUUCCAAGAGAAAACCUAACAGCUUUCCCAGUUUGCUCAGUUUGGGUACUGGAAGUCUCUUAUCCUAGGGAAAUCAGGUCACCCUACCACAGGACACAGAUGCCACCUCUUCCUUCUUCAUGUGCCUUUUUAUUAAAAAAGUUGAGUUGUAACGUAUGUACAGUUGAGGGAUAGUUGUAUGAAGUGUAUGCAUCUUAAAGUAGCGAACACCUAGGUCAAGUUAGAGAACAUUUCAACAUUCCUGUCACCCAGAAAUGUCCCCGUGAGUCUCCCUCAUCUAGAAGCAACCACAAAUAUGACUUCUGUCCUUGCAGCUUGGGUCACACGGAAUUCACCCUUAAUCCUGGCCUCUUCCUCACACCAUGGUGCUUUUGUGAUUCAUUCCUGCCCUCUGUCUUCGGUGGUUUGAUCUUUUUUAUUGCUGUGUGGCAUUCUGUUGUAGAGACACAUCACUGUUUGUUUACCCGGUCUGCUGGGAGGCGGUUGGAUGAUUGUGAAUAAAGUUGCUCUGACCAUUCA